AUGGCAGGCGACGGGGUGGACGACCCCUCCUUCACCUCCCCCUCCUCCGCCCUAACGCACUACCGCACGCUCUGCACUUCUCUCCAAUCGCAACUCCAAUCCGCCGAAGACGACCUGCGCGAUUUGCGCGAGUUGCAGGACGAGUUGGAGCGCGAGUUGGAGAGGUUUGAGGAGGGCGAGAGGGGGAUGAGAGGGGAGGUGGAAGGGUUGAGGGAGGAGAGGGAGGAGUGGAAGUCCAAAUACCUCCUCGCCCUCUCCUCCCACUCCUCAACCAUAACGCACAUGCAAAAAGAGCUCGAGUCGCUGCGUCUCACGGAGCGCGGGUUGAGGAACAAGUUGAGAGAGGUCGAGGUGGAUAACGAUGAUCUCGAGGGACGGGAACGGGCGACGAGUUCGAGUCUGGCAGACCUCGAAGCGCGGUACAACAAGUCACUUGAGAGGAUCGCGUUGUUGGAGGAAGAGUUGGUGGGGAAGGCGAGGUUGGAGGAGGAAGUUCAGAGGGCUAGGGACGAGUUGCGAGACUUGAACGAGGAAUUGGCGAUCACGAAAUCGCAACUUGAUACCGCUACCGCCCGCCUCGCCUCACAGCACACCGACUCGAACGCGACACCUACGAAGCCCCCACCGCGUCGUCGAACUCCUUCUCCGCCCGCCUCGCCGCAAACUCCCACAAUCGAGUUUGUCCAACCUACGCCCGUUUCAUCACGCACGACUCCUACGACCUCGGCUUCUCCAUCGAAGCUUCCUCGCCCGCUUUCGUUCUCCUCCUCCUCGGGCUCGGGGUCGCUAGCUAACCUCCCUCCCGCUCCGCUCUCCCGCUCCACGAGGCUCUCACACCUCCCCUCCCUCUCCUCCUCCCCAACCACCACCGCCUCACCCUCCAAGCUUCCGCAAUCGACAGCAGCCCGGUUAACGCGCAGCGACACGGCGAGCAUGAUCCGGGAGAUGCAGGCUAUGACUGGUCGAGUGAGGCGGUUGACGGAACGGUUGGAUCAGGGUCGGGGGCCUGCGCCGCGGAGGGGAGGGGGGAGGGGGAGUCCGAGUUUGGGGAACUUGAGUGCGCGCGCGGCGGGCGGAGGGAUGGGAGGGGGGGGGGGAGGGAUGACGAGGAGUUCGACUAUGCGCUUGCCUGCUACCACUUCCGCGACGAGCUCUCGACCGUCAAGUCGGCUCGACUCGCACUCCCAUCCGCAAACGCAAUCGACUCGCCCACCUUCACGCUCCGCCCUCCGCGCCUCGAUAGGCUCGUCGAUUCGUCCACCAAGUCGGCUGAGCGUCUCCUCUACUUCGACCUCGACGAGCGGGACAAGUCGAGCUGCGUCGCCUACGCCCGGAGUGAGGCCGAGUUCGAGGCUCGGAGGGUUGGGAAGGAGUGUCGGACCUGGAGGAGGAGGAGGAGGAGGAGGGAAUCCGCCUGUCGCAGGACUGGCGAGUUCUAUCCGCGCAGGCGCGACGCACGUCAGACGCCAAUCAAGCACCUCCUCCUCUACUUCGGGGCGCUCAACGCCCUCUGAAGACCCUCUGCGUCGCUCGACCGCCUCAGGACUCGGACUCGGACGGCCCUCGAGCGCAUUAGGACAGUCGCAAGGCCCAGGAGGGGCGAGACGAGCGAGUGGAGGGUUUGGGUUGCUGGGGAGGAGGGUGUCCCUCGCGAACGGACGCGAGAGGAGGGAGAGGGAGAGGGAGGAGGUACCGCCUGUUCCGAGGUUGCCUGGGCGGUAA